AUGUCCGACGCGGGCGGCGGAAAGAAGCCACCUGUAGAGCCGCAGGCGGGGCCGGGGCCGGGGCGCGCAGCCAGGGAAAGGGGCCUGCCGGGCCCCUUCCCUCUGGUCCUGAAGAAGCUUAUGGAGAACCCCCCGCGCGAGGCGCGCCUAGAUAAGGAAGAGGGGAAGGAACAGCUGGAGGAAGACGAGGCUGCAGCGGCCAGCACCAUGGCCGUCUCUGCCUCCCUCAUGCCACCCAUCUGGGACGAGACCAUCCCAUACGAUGGCGAGUCUUUCCACCUGGAGUACAUGGACCUGGAUGAGUUCCUGCUGGAGAAUGGCAUCCCUGCCAGCCCCACCCACCUGGCCCAGAACCUGCUGCUGCCUGUGGCUGAGCUGGAAGGGAAGGGGUCGGCCAGUUCCUCCACGGCGUCCCCGCCAUCCUCCUCCCCCGCUGUCUUUCAGCCCUCGGAAACCGUGUCUAGCACAGAAUCCUCCCUGGAAAAGGAGAGGGGGACACCCAGUCCCAUCGACCCCAACUGCGUGGCGGUGGAUGUGAACUUCAAUCCCGACCCUGCCGACCUGGUCCUCUCCAGCGUGCCGGGCGGGGAGCUGUUCAACCCUCGGAAGCACAGGUUUGCAGAGGAGGACCUGAAGCCCCAGCCCAUGAUCGAAAAGGCCAAGAAGGUCUUUGUCCCCGAUGAGCAGACGGACGAAAAGUACUGGACGAGACGCAAGAAGAACAACGUGGCGGCCAAGCGGUCCCGGGACGCCCGGCGCCUGAAGGAGAACCAGAUCACCAUCCGGGCGGCCUUCCUGGAGGAGGAGAACACAGCCCUGUGGACGGAGGUGGCGGAGCUGCGCAAGGAGGUGGGCAAGUGCAAGACCAUCGUGUCCAAGUACGAGACCAAGUACGGGCCCUUGUAACCCGUGCCCCCGCCCGGGCGCGCUGCCUCACCUCAGACCUCUGCCUCGGACCCCUGAAA